AUGCAGAGAUCACCUGUGGAGGAUGCCAACUACCUCUCAAAAUACUUCUUCUGGUGGACAAACCCCAUAAUGAGAAAGGGUUUUAAGGAGAAACUGAGGCCAUCUGAUGUUUAUCAAGCUCCUAGUAAAGAUGCUGCAGACAUCCUUGCAGAGCGUUUGGAGAAAGAAUGGGACAGAGAAGUUGCAUCUGGAAGGAAAAAGCCCAGUCUACUACGAGCAUUGGCACGAUGCUUCAUACGGCCUUUUCUGUUAUUUGGCUUCCUCCUAUAUAUAGGCGAGGCUACAAAAACAGUGCAGCCGCAGCUUUUAGGGCGGAUAAUUGCAUCAUUUGACCCGGUCCAUGAACCGGAGCGAGCCAAUGGUUACUUUCUUGCCUUUGGUCUUGGCUUGCUAUUCACUGUCCGCUUUCUCCUGCUCCAGCCUGCCAUGUUUGGGCUGCACCGCCUGGGCAUGCAGAUCAGGAUCGCACUGUUUAGCAUAAUCUAUAAAAAGACCUUGAAACUUUCUAGCCGAGUUUUGGACAAGAUCAGCACAGGUCAACUGAUCAGUCUGAUGUCAGCCAACCUGGGCAAGUUUGAUCAGAGCCUGGGUAUGGCCCAUUUUGUAUGGAUAUCACCAUUGCAAUGCAUCCUGUGUACAGGGCUUAUCUGGGAACUCAUUGAUGUCAAUAGCUUCUGUGCACUUGCCGCUAUCUCUUUGCUGGGUGUCUUGCAGGCCUUUCUCUCACAUAAAAUGGGUCCUUACAAAGCACAAAAGGUGCUACUGACUAACAAACGGUUGGCUCUGACCUCAGAGAUCAUGGAGAACCUGCAUUCGGUGAAGGCCUAUGGCUGGGAGGAGAUAAUGGAGACCCUCAUCAAGAACAUCAGACAGGAUGAGGUGAAGUUGACCAGGAAGAUUGGCUCCUUGCGCUACUUCUACAGCUCUGCAUAUUUUUUCUCAGCCAUCUUUGUGAUUGUGGCCGCAAUCGUGCCUCAUGCCCUCAGCCGUGGUAUCAACCUCCGUCGCAUAUUCACCACUCUCUCCUACUGUAUGGUGCUGCGCAUGACUGUCACUCGACAACUGCCCGGCUCCAUCCAGAUGUGGUACGACACCAUGCGGCUUAUUUGGAAGAUUGAAGAAUUUCUUAGCAAGGAGGAAUACAAGUUAAUGGAAUACGAUCUCAGCAUCACAGAGCUGGAACUUAAAGAUGUGACUGCUUCUUGGGAUGAGGGUCCUGGUGAACUUUUGGAAAGGAUAAAACAGGAGAACAAAGCUAAUGGCCAUCACAAUGGAGAUGCAGGCCUCUUCUUUACUAACCUAUAUGUGACUCCCGUACUGAAGAACAUCAGUUUGAACCUGAAGAAAGGAGAGAUGUUGGCUGUUACUGGUUCUAUGGGAUCUGGGAAGAGCACAUUGUUGAUGAGCAUCCUCGGGGAGCUGGUUCCCUCCUCUGGGAAGAUCCGACACAGCGGUCGAAUCUCCUACUCCUCCCAAACAGCCUGGAUCAUGCCUGGCACCAUCCGAGACAACAUCCUUUUUGGUCUGACCUAUGAUGAGUAUCGCUACAAGAGUGUGGUCAAAGCAUGCCAGCUUGAGGAGGAUCUUGCUGCUCUUCCUGAGAAGGAUAAGACGCUUAUGGCAGAGGGGGGUUUAAACUUGAGUGGGGGUCAGAAGGCACGUGUAGCUCUAGCCAGGGCUAUUUACAGAGAUGCUGAUGUUUACCUGCUUGACGCACCAUUUACUCACCUGGAUAUUGCAACAGAAAAAGAAAUAUUUGACAAAUGUCUGUGUAAGCUGAUGGCCUCUAAGACACGCAUCUUGGUAACAAAUAAGAUUGAGCAUUUAAAGCGGGCUGAUAAGAUCCUACUGCUCCACAACGGUGAAAGCUUUUUCUACGGCACCUUUUCAGAGCUUCAGUCAGAACGGCCUGAUUUCAGCUCUUUGCUUUUGGGUUUGGAGGCCUAUGACAAUGUCAGUGCAGAGCGCCGCUGCUCCAUCCUCACAGAGACUCUCCACCGUGUCUCGGUGGAUGAGAGCGCAGGCAUGCGACCUGAACGCUCAGCUUUUCGCCAGGUGGCCCCAUCCAUGCCCGUGUACAUAGAUGAAAGAAAAUCUUCAGUUAUCGUCAACACUCUCGGAGCAGCUCGUAAGGCGUCCUUCAUUCAGAUACCCGAAGAAGAGGUUCGGAGGACAUUACCUGACCGUAAGUUCUCCCUGGUACCAGAGAACGAGCUAGUGGAUGAGUCCUUUAUGGGAAGCGACGUGUAUCAUAACCACGGAGUGCAUAUGGCUGGUCAGAGGAGGCAGUCGGUGUUAGCUUUCAUGACCAAUGCACAAGGCCAGGGCCGUCGCGACCACCUUCAGUCAUCUUUCUGCAGACGGCUGUCCGUUGUGCCUCAGAGCGAACUGGCAUCUGAGCUGGACAUCUAUACUCGCCGCCUGUCAGACAGCACGUAUGACAUCACCGGGGUCCUAGAGGAAGAGAGCAUUGAGAAUAUGCUAGUCUUUGAAAAAGAGGAGGUAUUUGAAACAACAAAGUGGAACACAUACGUCAGAUAUGUGUCAAAUAAUAAAAGCCUUCUGUAUGUUCUGAUCUUCAUCUUCCUUAUUGCUGCAAUUGAGGUUGCAGGAUCUGUAGCAGGGAUUUUUCUGAUAACUGAUGAACUUUGGAAAGAAGAGCAGCAACAAGUUGAGCCAAAUAUGACAAAGAACUCCAAUAUGUCUUCACCUGGAAAAAACUAUGCCAUCAUUGUGACCCAGACAAGCAGCUAUUACAUUCUCUACAUCUACGUGGCCACGUCAGAGAGCCUCCUCGCGAUGGGAUUUUUUCGGGGUCUUCCGUUUGUGCACACUAUGAUCACAAUCUCCAAGAAACUGCACCAGAAGAUGCUGCAUGCUGUUCUCAGUGCACCCAUGUCUGUGCUCAAUACCAUGAAGACAGGCCGAAUCAUGAAUAGGUUCACCAAAGACAUGGCCACCAUAGAUGACAUGCUUCCUCUCCUCAUGUUUGACUUUGUCCAGUUGACUGUGGUGGUGGUUGGAUGUAUUCUUGUGGUGUCCAUCGUACGGCCGUACAUAUUUCUCGCAGCAACUCCCCUGGUUAUUAUUUUCAUUGUGAUGAGGAAGUACUUUCUCCGAACGGGUCAACAGCUUAAACAGCUGGAGACAGAAGCUCGUAGCCCCAUUUUCUCCCACCUCAUCAUCUCGCUGAAGGGUUUGUGGACCAUCAGGGCCUUUGAGCGGCAGGCCUACUUCGAGAACCUGUUCCACAAGACCCUCAACACCCACACGGCCACCUGGUUCCUUUACCUGUCGACCCUGCGAUGGUUCCUCUUCCGCUCCGACAUCAUCUUUGUGUUCUUUUUCACGUUGACCGCCUGGAUUGCGGUAGGAACCAACCAGGAUAAACCGGGUGAGAUUGGUAUCGUCAUAUGCCUUGCAAUGCUCAUUCUAGGCACCUUCCAGUGGUGUGUUGCCACCAGCAUUGCGGUAGAUGGAAUGAUGCGUUCUGUUGACCGGGUUUUUAAGUUCAUCGACCUGCCGUCUGAGACACCCAAACCGGACAAAAGCAAAUCCUCGGAUCUGAUUAUUGAGAACGUCAGUGCACAGGCCGACUCAAGCUGGCCCAACCGUGGUCAGAUAGAUGUGCAGAAUUUAACAGUCAAAUACACAGAAGGGGGUCACGCUGUCCUCAAGAACCUCUCCUUCACUGUGGAGGGCAGACAGAGGGUGGGGAUCUUGGGCCGAACAGGUUCUGGGAAGAGUUCUCUGUUCAAUGCUCUCUUGAAGAUGGUUUACACAGAUGGUGAUAUCUCCAUCGACGGGGUCAACUGGAACAAAAUGCCGCUUCAGAAGUGGAGGAAAGCCUUUGGUGUGGUGCCUCAGAAAGUCUUCAUCUUUACGGGACCAUUCCGCAUGAACCUAGACCCUUACGGUUGCCAUAGUGAUGAGGAGCUGUGGCGGGUCACGGAGGAGGUCGGUCUCAAGACAGUGAUUGAGCAGUUUCCAGAUAAACUGGACUUCCAGCUGGAAUACGGAGGUUAUGUACUGAGUAACGGCCACAAACAGCUCAUAUGUCUGGCUCGCUCCAUCCUCAGCGGAGCCCGCAUCCUCCUCCUGGAUGAGCCUAGUGCCCACCUCGAUCCAAUAACAAUAAAGGUGUUAAAGAAGACAUUACGACAGUCUUUCUCCACAUGCACUAUAUUACUGUCUGAACACAAAGUAGAACCGCUGCUCGAGUGCCAGUCUUUCUUGAUGAUGGACAAAGGUCAAGUGAAGACCUACGAUUCCAUUCAGAAGCUGCUGAAUGAGACCAGUCACCUAAAGCAGGCCAUAAGCCCAGCGGAGCGCCUCAAACUCUUCCCUCGCCGGAACUCCAGCAUGCGCACCCCUCAGUCCAAACUCAGCUCUGUUACGCAGACACUGCAGGAGGAGGCAGAGGACAAUAUCCAAGACACUCGUCUCUGAGCGUCUCAAACUGGAAUUCAUACAGAAACAAUCAAGCUUACAAUGGUCUCCAAAUGGUACAUAAUUUUGGAUGACCUAUCAUGAGAACAUUUGACAUUUAUUAUGAAAAAGAUAUGUAUUUCUUCUUAAUGUCACAAGAGGUACUCAAUAUCCUCUCACAAUGGGACGCACAGUGAGGCCAGGAAUAAUUGAACACUAAAAAAUGGUAUAAUGUAACUUUUAUGAUUUAUCUCUGUUCUUUUUUAUUUGAUCAAAUCAAAUGUAUUAUUCCCUUACUUUUCUCUGAACAUUUAAUUUAUUAAGUUAACACGUGACCAACGUCUGGCAUCCUUUGAAAGCGCAGCAAAAUGGGAUCAUAUGAAUCAUGUAAAUGGCAAAACAAUUACUCUAUUUUCUCAUUUCUUUGUGCGUAUCAUGGAAUUAGGAAAGGC